AUGUCUGAGACGACUGAAAACACUACGACUGAAUCGCCGAAGACGGAAAAGCCGACAGCUGAAAACCCAACGACUGAAAACCCAACAACCGAAAAUCCAACAACCGAAAAUCCAACAACUGAGACUGUUGAUGCCUCCACAACCGACACUGGCAAGGAACCUCCUCUUCAACUUAACUACAAUGUUUGGUGCCCCAAAUGCGAGAUGUUGGUCAGUCAGGGCAAGUGCUCCCGCUGUGGGCGUAUGAACAUGAUAGGCGGGUUGGAGAAGGUGGACAGCGUGACUUGA